AUGAAAGCCAUCGUAAUAAGCAAAUUACUAGAAGCCAUCGAUGAACUUGAAGUUGAUCAGAAUGCGCCCGAGCCUGAGUUGAAAGAAAAUCAAGUUUUAAUCGAGAUUAAAGCAUCCGCUCUUAAUUAUUUUGACAUUUUACAGAGCCAAGAAAGAUAUCAAAUUAAGCCAUCACUCCCUUUCAUACUGGGUUCUGAAUUUGCAGGUGUAAUUAUUGCUGUUCAUCCUACGGUUAAUAAUAAAUACAAACCUGGUGAUAAAAUUUUUGGAUAUGGUCAAGGAUCUUUUGCUGAACGCAUUGCUAUAGAUAUUCAAGCCAUUCUUCUGAUACCUGAUGGUAUGAGCUUCGAAGAAGCUUCAGGAUUAUUUAUCACUUGUCCUACAAGUUACACUGCAUUAGUAAUUAGAGCAAAGUUACAAAAAGAUGAAUGGUGUCUUGUUCAUGCUGCAGCGGGAGGUGUUGGUAUAGCUGCCGUUCAAAUUGCAAAGGCGCUCGGUGCCAAAGUAAUUGCUACUUGUGGUUCAAAUGAUAAACUAGCUUUUGCUAAAAAAUUUGGUGCUGAUUAUGGUGUUAAUUAUAAUGAUAAAGACUGGCAAAAACAAGUAUUACAAAUUACUGGUAAACGUGGAGUAGACGUCGUUUUUGAUCCUGUCGGAUUAGUUCAAGCAUCUCUUAAAUUCAUAGCAUGGAGUGGUCGCAUACUCGUAGUUGGAUUCGCCGGCAUUGGUAAUAGUUUUGAAAAGUUAUUUGCUGAAAAAAAAUUAAAGCCUGUCAUUUAUAAAAAUGUUUAUCAUGGAUUACAUAACGUUAAAUAUGGAUUAAAAGCUAUUGCGAAUAGAGAAACUUAUGGUAAAGUUGUUGUCAUACCUAAUGUAGGAAGAGAUAGCAAAAUUUGA